UCAUUUAUGAACGUCACUUCGAGAGCGAUAAUAAACAAUCAUUAUAAUUUCGAAUUUUUCAACGAAUACUAGUGUUCGGAGACCAUUAAAUGCAAGACUUCAAUUAUUGAUUGAAUUGUAGGAGAGAAAAGCAAUAUUAUUGAUCUUACUCCUAAUGGGAACAUUCAAUAUAGCAACUUGAUUGUCAAACGAUAUCAUUUCGAUCAUAUGUGAACACUUCCACGUGAUAUGCAUAUCAUCUCGGUAUAUCAAGUGAUAUAAGCGCUAAUGUGAACAUGGUAUUAGGUGCUAUUUUCUUGAAAACAGAAUCGUAUACAUUUCAAUGGAAAAAAAGAAAUUGUAAAAGAUUAUAUAUAUAAAAUAUUUUUUUGGCAUCACUGAUUUGCGGGUAGUUUUUUUUAAUGCUAGUGUGAUGGCUUUUCAGUUUACGAUAAAAUACCUACUAAACCAGAUAAAUGUAUAGAAAAUAGUAAUGUUUAUUAGGUUUGUUAGUUCACCGGGUAAAAUUAAAAGCUACCUAAUUAGAGUAUUUUUCUAACUAAAAAUAAUAUCAAGCUGCAAAACAAUGGAUAAAUCCUAUCCAGAAUCUUCGUUGAAAACACUGCUGGCCAGUCCAUCUCCGAGACCGUCAUCCAUAAGUAAUUCGCAACAAUUUUCAAAGCUUCCGCCACAAUGCAGCAUAAUAAUGCAAGCGCCGAUGCCGACUGGCCCUCAGGAUGCCAUCAACUCCGUACAAGUGAAAAACUGCAUGGCUACCGUAAGCCUCGGCUGCGAGCUAAACUUGCAAACCAUAAAUUUUCGAACCCGAAAUUCCGAGUACAAUCCAUCCCGCUUUCAUGGUGUGGUCAUGCGAAUACGAGAACCGCGCUGUACGGCGCUGGUUUUCCGUACCGGUAAAAUCGUCUGUACCGGGGCGCGGAACGAACACGAUGCCAACCUGGCGGCACGAAAGUUCGCCCGAAUCAUCCAGAAGAUCGGCUACAAUGUGCGAUUUCUGGAGUUUAAAGUACAGAAUUUGGUUGCCACGGUAGAUUUGCGGUUUCCAAUUCGGUUGGAAAACCUGAACCAAGUGCACGGUCAGUUCAGUUCGUACGAACCGGAACUGUUCCCAGGGCUGAUCUAUCGGAUGGUGAAGCCCCGGGUGGUGCUGCUCAUCUUCGUCAACGGGAAAAUUGUUUUCACCGGGGCCAAGUCUGAGCGUGAAAUUGCCGACAGUUUGGAGAACAUAUAUCCUAUUUUGCAAAGUUUUCGGAAGAACUAGUAGGUGCUCUCUGUCUGAUAUUUUUAAGUUAGGGAUUAUGUUAAUAUACUGUAGAACGUGUUUUAUACGUGCGUUUUUUUUAUUGUAAAUUAUUUCAUGUACAAAAAACUAACUUGCCUUAUGGGUAAAAUCUGCAAAAAAAUAAAUA